AUGUCGACCAUCACGGCGGCAUUGCCCCUGACCACCACCUUCGUCCCGCCCAGCACAUGUAUCUCCGACACCUACCUCGCCAGCAGCGGGUGCACCACCGGCACAUGUAAUGGGUUAUGGAUGAAUCUGGGACCCGGACCGCAGGCCACGGGGGCAUGUCUUCCCUCCGGCUAUUCGCCGUACAGCUAUUAUUCGCCCGGUGUCUGUCCGUCAGGGUAUUCCAUUGCCUACAGCAGCGUGGGUAGUGGGGAGAACCCGGAGACGUUCGCCACUUGCUGUCCUUCGUCUUACACAGCUCGCACUGAAAUCCCCGCGUCAGAAUCCGGGACGGCAUGGUAUACCUACGAACAAUGCUACUGGCAACCCACGGCCGGCGCAACCAUAUAUGAGUACACAUAUUACGACCUGGGGAGUUCAUGGAUCAGCGCCACUAGCACAAUGGACACGAGCGGGAUGGUGAAUGCAUACGGCGUAUCGAUUCGUUUCCGUGAUUCACCAUCCACCACGUCCGCGACCAGCACAUCCAGCUCAGGCAUAGCCGAGGAAACACAAGGCAAACCCAAAGCGGCAGCCAAGUCCUCCAGCACCUUCGAUGGCGCAUUUGCAACGGGGUUCAAUGCCGCGAACGAACACCCGAAUUCCUCCUCAAGCGGUCUCUCCACCGGCGCAAAGGCCGGCAUUGGUGUCGGCGUUGCCGUUGCCGCUGUCGCCGUGAUCGCGGGUCUGGUAUGGUUCUGCUUGGUGCGCAAGCGCCGCGGUGCCGUCGCUACUGAUAAGUGGCAGCCGGCGGAGUUGGAGCCGGCACAGCGUCGGCAGGCAGAACUGGCCGAUAGUGAGCCUUCUGUGAUGACUGAGUAUCAUGGUGCGGCCAGUGAGCCUUCUGCCGGAACCGAGUAUCAAGGUGCGUUUAAGCCGCCGCAGCACAGAAUGCCGGUCGAGUUGGACGCGGGUGUGUAUUAUGAAAAAUGA